GGGAUGCAGCAAGAAUAAUACUGAGACAGGAAAGAAAACAUUUUUAAAAAAUGAAUUAUUUAUUCACUUUCUAGUGGAUACAGAAAAAACUGCAGAAGACCCAGAGGAUAUCAGGGCAGGUUAAAAGUUUGAUAUCUUACACCUGUGGAAAAGCCUUAAGAUGUGUUUUAACUUACAGCAGGUGGGGUGACUUCAUGACUACCAUUAGGAAAAUAUAACCUGUUGGGAAACUGUUUCUGCCUUGACGAUUUUUUACAGACAAGAGCUAAACAGUGAGGAAUAUGCUUAGAUGUAUUGGGAAAGAGAUGGGUCUGUGCCAUUGUCACAAGGGUACACGAAUACUGAGAGUGAAUGCUGAAGGAAUGAUCCCCAUUGGUGGUGACCUCAGGUGAGACCAGGGUGCCUGUGUUUCAGCAAAGCCUGGGCAAUUGGAAUGCAGGGCUCCUAAGAUUCCAUGACACUCCCACCUUCUAAUUCUGUUAUUGCAACUGCAGAUGGUUACCUGGCACGCUGGCCACAAUCUCCCUCACUCUUGUUAGAGUCUGAGCUACGGGCAGUGCCUUCAGCUCUGAGCUAAGGUACCUCGAACCUUGUCUUUGUGGUUAAGGAUCCUAAAGUGCUGUGCGGAGUGAUCACGUUUUUCUCAACAGUAAGUUAAGAAUUUCAGUUACUGACAUCCCUUAGUCCUGAUUAAACCUAUUUGAUUUCACCAAUGUUUAACCCACCAUAUAUUUGUGUUUCUUCUCCCCAGUCCCUGACUCCACCUCUUCUGCCACAAACGUCAGCAUGGUGGUAUCUCCUGGCCCUUGGUCCAGUGAGAAGGCAGAGAUGAACAUUCUAGAAAUCAAUGAGAAAUUGUGCCCCCAGCUGGCAGAGAAGAAACAGCAGUUCAGAAACAUAAAAGAGAAAUUUCUUGUAACUCAAGUGGCCUACUUCCUGGCCAACCAGCAGAAUAAAUACAAGUAUGAAGAGUGCAAAGACCUCAUAAAAUCUAUGCUGAGGGAUGAGCUGCAGUUCAAGGCGGAGAAGCUUGCAGAGCAGCUCAAGCAAGCUGAGGAGCUCAGGCAAUAUAAAGUCCUGGUUCACUCUCAGGCACGAGAGCUGGCCCGGUUAAGGGAGAAGUUACGGGAAGGGAGAGAAGCCUCCCGCUCAUUGACUCAGCAUCUCCAGGCCCUCCCCACUCUGGAUGAGCCGGACAAGUCCCAGGACCUCCGAGAACAGCUGGCUAAGGGGUGUAGGCUGGCACAGCACCUUGUCCAAAAGCUCAGUCCAGAAGAUGAUGAAGAUGAGGAUGAAAAUGAUAAAGCUGAGGAGGUCGAUAAAGUACAGGAACCACCUGCCCCCAGAGAGGCGCAGAAGGCUGAAGAAAAGGAAGUCCCUGAAGACUCACUGGAGGAAUGUGUCAUCAGUUGUUCAAAUAGCCACGGCCCUUCUAACUCCAACCCGUCUCACAGGAACACAAAAAUCACAUUUGAGGAAGACAAAGUCACCUCAACUCUGAUUGUAGAUGGUGAAUCCUCUCAAGAUGGAUGGCAGCAUGCUCUAAACAUUCUCCCAGAAAAUCGAAAUGAUCAUAAGGAAGAGGAAGGGAAAGCGCCAGUGCCCCCCAGUCACCAUGAUAUGUCCCAAUCUUACCAGCCUUGCGAAGGCACUUUCUUGGCACUGGACGAACAGAAAGUUUACUCUGCUCAGGAUGUAGCCAGCGAACACUCCAAUUCCAAAGGAGAGGAAACCCCACUUGGCUUCCCAGAAAAGCAACUUGGUCUUGAAGAGGUGAAAAGACAAGAAACGAUUGCUCCCAGGCUCAGCAGGGAACCGCUGAGGGUGGACAAGCAUGAAGUCCCCCGGGAGUUACUGGAUGGAUGUUAUUUGAUUGCUUCUGUUCUUCCUGACCUGACUUACUCCUGCCAGCCUUAUAGGAGAACUUUGUAUUCUUUUGAAGAAAAGCAAGUCAGCUUGGCUCUUGUAGACAAAAUUAACAGGGAUCAAGAGGAGCUAGCAGACCAAGACCCACCAUGCCGCAGACUGAGGCAGAAGCUGCUAGAGGUGGAGGAGCAGGAGGUCCCAGAGAACUCCCUGGAUGAAGUUUACUUGACUCCUUCGGUUCCCCAUGACCUGUGUGACUGCCACCAGGCUUAUAGCGGCACCUUGUACUCACUGGAGGAUCAGUUCACCUGCUCUGCUCUAGAUAUAGCCUGUCCCACCCAGGCAGCUUGUCCCCACGGGCCUUGGAGUGGAGACAUCGGCCACCACCUGUCAGAGAUGCAGGCUUCACAGGCACAGCCGGAGCCGAGAACCCUGGUGCCCAAUUCUUUGCAACUGCAGCUGGAUCAAGGGUUUGACUGUGGCUAUGGCUUAGCCAGGUGGGGCGUUUCCUCCACCACCUGCAGCUUCACAGCCAACGCUGAUCCUGGGAAGCAAUGGCCCUUCCAAGAGCUGGGUUCAGAGCCUUCCCUUGGAAUGAAGAACCCUCCCCAGCUGGAAGGUGAUGCUCUUGAAGGCUCAACCGACAACACACAUGGACAUCAAGUCAUUGGCCACAUUCAUGCCUCAAGUGUCCUAAAACCGAAAAUGAUCAAAAGAAAACUGCCGUUCAGCAGGUGGAGACUGGCAUGCAGAUUCCCUGGCCUGCAAGCUUAGAGUAGGAAAGUAAUCACAUCUAUGGCUCUUAGCGGCACUCGCUCCUUAUUUCUCUCUGUCUAUGAUGACAGCUCCUUCUCCCACUGCUGUUCUCUUCCCUAUUUGUGGGUAUUGUCUGAGGCCCCUGCUGCUUCUCACG